AUCUGGUGGCAGAUAUGGAGAACAUAACGCGGGAUGAGAUGAGCGAGGUACUGCAGGAGGUAGGGGAGGAGUGUGGCCACGACCUCCUGACCCUGAGACAAGACGCCCCUCUCACCUGGUCACUGUGGAACUCCUUCUUCUUCACCUUCACCGUCAUCACCACCAUAGGGUUCGGACACAUGGCACCAUUAACACCGUGGGGUCGGGUCUUCUGUAUAACCUACGCCUUCAUCGGUGUUCCCCUCAACGGCAUCGUCUUCGCCUCUCUUGCCGACCUCUUCUCCUCCAAGGUGGUGAACUCCCAAGUACGGAAGCGAGCCGAGCGUUACACCUCGUGGGUCGGGGUGGCUGUUGAUGCUCUCUUGUACUUGGUUCCCGGGAUGGUGAUCUUUCUGGUGCUUCCUGCCGCAGUGUUUACCCUGGUGGAGGAUGGUUGGACCUACCUCGACGCCUUCUACUUUUCAUUUAUCACCCUGACUACUAUUGGUUUUGGUGAUCACGUUGCUGGUCUACAGGAGAGGGAGGAGGUGUGGGUCUGGCUCUACAAAAUACUGAUGGUAAUAUGGAUCAUUUUCGGCCUUGGCUACAUCGUUAUGCUCAUCACCUUCAUCCAAGAGGCCCUCAAGAGCAAGCGGGUACACGCGGUGGAGAGGAGACUGGCUAUAGCGCUCAAGAAACACUCUAAUAAGUUGAACGCUAAUAUACACCGGGAUCUCAAGCGCUUCAGAACGGUAAUGACGGCAGAGAGUCGAGUCCACCGCAGAAGUAUAGAAGGGGAGGUGAAUAAGGGAGAGAUGAUGGAGAAGGAAGAGGUGGUGAAGAAGCAGCAUGAAAUCAACCGCCCCCAUGACCUACAGCUGCCAUCCAAGACCUCUUCCUUACACUCACGUUUUGAUAUGUCGCGUUCUUCCUCUGAGUCUAAUCUGCCAUCUGUCGGCGAGAAGGAGAAGUGUGCUGGACUGAGCUCUGUGACCAACAUCAACAUGUUCCUGGACAUGGUGGAGUCCAUAGUGGAGGAGCAUCAUGCCACCGCCGUUGGGGACAUGGAGGACGAGAUGCGACACAUUGUGGAGCACCCCGACAACUCCCCUACUGAGGAAGACGUCAUAACCUUUGGUGUUCAUCCACAAACUCUGGAAGCUGGCCACCUCAACCAGGGCUACUUAGACGACGACGAUCAACCUCAUGCCAAGCACAAUCCUCAGCCCCCCCACGAGAUGCACCGACACGAUGAGAAUAAAAUAAACGACGGAUUACAGAACAAAUUGCAUUCACUCUUUCAAAGGAAACACACCCGGAAAACCUCCCUCCCGGAGAAUGGUGUAAAUACAUGUGUAAUGAAGACUCCUGUAGGGGUGGAAUGUACCUCGAGUCAGCCUCAUAACCAACACUCCAACAUUUUCACACGUACACACCACACGAGUCAGUCAGUCCCCGGUCGCAUUAAAUCAACCACUGACAAGUUUCGUCCAGACUUAUGUACCAUCUUCAAGAACCAUAACGCCACCCACAACGGCAUCCACCCAACUCGAGAUCACACUCAAACCUCAAAUGGCAACAGCAAACAUCACUGUGGUAAUGGGUGCAUUCCUGAGUGUAGCGAUGAGACACAACCCACAAUGCAUUCCAGACACUCGGCACUGAGGCUGUUCACUCAUUGGCUACACCCCGGCGACAACAAAGGUGACCAACACCCCACUAAGACAGACCACCAUCAGGAAGACAGUGAGGAGCAGAAGUUAGAGUACACACGCUUGUGAUACACUCCGAGUUCCACGUCAACUGAUGUGUGUUUUGUAAGGCGGCAUUCCGUAACAUUCUGUAUAUAUUAAGUUAACGAUCUAGUACGCUUAAGAAAACGUUGAGAUCCAGAAGAACAAAUAUUGUGCUCUGAGGACGUCUGGGACAACACAGACAUAUAUGUACAUUUAGACUUUAUGGUGGAUCUAGCAACCUAUCAACCUAAUGUCUCCUCAGGAACUGUAUGAGAAAAUGUAAAACUGAUUUUUUUUUGUACCUGUUCAGAAUUUUAGUGGCCAAGUACUAGUUAAUGUGUGUCUUUCGAAGAUUUAUAGAGAUCAAAUUACCAUAGAAAGUUUCAGGGACCACCAUUCUGAGAGUGUUAGGGAUCAAGCAUAUAAUUGUGUACUUUGAGAUAAUUUAAACGAUCGUAGGAGCCUGAUGGAGGUUGCAAGUAUCUUCGUCCCUUGCGAAAAUAACUUGAAUUGGGGAAAAUAAAAAGAAAAUUAUGUGUGCCAUGAGAAUUUUGUGAUCAAGCAACCUGUUUGAUACGUUGCCUCGAGACCAUGUAAGGGACCUUCAUGCUAAGAAAUUGUCUGUAAGGCGCAUAACAAUUAAAGGAGGUUGGGGAAGUGACGAUGGUCCAGUGCAAUGCAGGUCACGACUGCCCUCUUGUGUACCAAAGGCUUAGUAUACAGUGUGCUUUAACCACACUCUCCCUAACGGGCAGUCAUGUUUAUAUAAUCCAUGUGAAGGCCCACCAGGGUACACACACCCAACACUGUGUCGGUAAGAUAAGGGAUCUAACAACUGCGUGUGUCUGUAUAUGUGAUAAGAAUUAAGAACCAAGGAUAUGAAUAACAGAUCAUGUGGUGGUCAGUUCUAGAUUAUUGCCAGUUGUGUUGUGUGAGUGUACUGUAUGGUUCGCCCGCAGCCCGUGAGCCCUUUCUUGAUUACAAAGCUUAAAUUAUACAAAAAAUAUAAAUAUAUACCAUAGAAUACAGGUUGUGAUUCAUACAUAUCGUGUCAAUAGUUUUAUUACUGUCAUGUAGCGGCAGUAAAUGUUGUUUACCCAGCAAGAUAUUCUCCCUCUAUAGUUUACUAGUAUCCACGCGUUUGUGGUCUUAACAUGCGCUGAUUGGUUAGUACUCAUUAGUGUGUGCUUUGCGUAACAUACACACACCACAUACACUAACCUGACGUUCGGUCUUCAUGUGGACACGAUAAUGUAAACAAACGGUAAUAAAUUUUGAGGGAAACUUAUCAAGACCACCGAGAAUAUCGACCUUUUUUUUAAAUCUAAACAUUUUUACCUUAACCGAUUUUUAACUUAACCAGUCAGUGCAUGUAUUUAUAAACAAGAACCAACCAAACAACGGACGUCAUGUUGAGGUUACGACUACCAACUCUGUCCGUAUCAGUGUGUGUGUGUGUGUGUGUGUGUGUGUGUGUGUGUGUGUGUGUUACUCUCCGUUGUUGUAACUUGCAUACGAGUCAAGCUGUUGUCUUCCUCUGCUCGUAAGAUAUACAUUGUUAUUGUUUAAUAUAUACAAGCUGUGAGUAUACUGGGUAAGUGUUUGGUAGUAUGAUAAUGGAUCGAUGUUUACUGCUUAUGUAUGAUGCAACACUCAAUGAAUACUGUUUAUGUAUGAUGCAACACUCAAUGAAUACUGUUUAUGUAUGAUGCAACACUCAAUGAAUACUGUUUAUGUACGAUGCAACAGAAUUAAUGAAUACUGUUUAUGUAUGAUGCAACACUCAAUGAAUA